UGUGUCGUCCCAGUCCCUCUAUCGUAGAAAAAAAAAACAGUCGACAUUAGUUGGAUAGGAGUCGGUCAAUGUCGAAGCACGUGUUUAUUAUUUUUUUCGCAGGAUAUCCGGUAAACUUUUAUGAUUCGUGAACGGAGAGAAAGUAUUUAUAUUUAAUCGUGUAACGUUGUAUUGCAUACGAUACGCUAUAAUCGAACGUAUAACAUAAACUCCCUUAAAUUAUUUCGAUGUUAGAUCGCGUUCACUGUGAAUCCAUAUAACGAAUGUAUAUUCAGUAAUCAAAAUAAAGUUGUUUUAUGCGUUAAGUGAGAUUGACUAUUUCAAUUGGUCAUCAAGAUGUGUUACUGUGACUGUGUGAAGCUUGACGAGAAUUGAUGUCGAAUGAUGUCUCGUUGUUAGAGACGCGUGACAUUUACGAGGAUUCCGCUUUUUCUAAUAAUAUACCGCACAUAGUGAACGGAUCGAGAGUGAAAAUUAAUCUUAUUCACACGAGUGUAAGACCGCGACCGCGACGUAUUGUGGCUUUUUGUAGUUUCGUUUCGAAGCAUGCUACCUUCUCGAAAGGAAUAUUAUCGGCCGUUCAGUUUCGUUCUGAAAUGAAACGAUGCAAGUUCGCCAUUCGAAGCCAAGGAAUGUCAAAGAUCCCAGCAAGCGGUUCACAUGCGAGCAGCGUGUUUCAAGAGUUACCAAGAGUUGUAAUCGCGUUAUGGUAGCUCAUUGAUUGCAGUUAUUCGAUAAUAAUUUGAGAAAAAAAAUACGUGUGUAUUCGUGAUUUGUUAAAAAUAAUAAUUCAUUUCACGCGCGCGCACGUGUGUGUAUGUGUGUGUGUGUGUAUAAAACAUAACACAAGAAAACGAAAAAAAGGACGCGAAUAAAAACGGACGAAAGGAAUAGUGAACUUUGUGAACACGAGGAAUAAUCGACGGUGGACCAGAGAGAGAGUGGUGGACAGUUGGAACG